GUCACGAGGAUUUCUCUCUUUAUAUAUAUAUAUAUACGUAGGGGCUUCGCCUCUUUACCUUUGCCAGUCUCUCUCUCUCAACACAACACGCUCCCCCAUUCUCGGAUAUCUGUUCCGUUUCCUGAGAAACAAGGGAGAGAGAGGCGCCCAAUAAAGAUGCAGAGGUUCGUCGUCGGAAGGGUUUCGCAGGAAAAACAUUUCCUUCAAUGGCGUCGGAACCUCUCCCAACUCGUCCAAAACAAGGCUCCUCUCCAAGAAAACGACCUCCUUCUCCCCAAAAUGCCCCCCUUCGAUUACUCUCCUCCUCCCUACAACGGCCCUUCCGCUGCCGAUAUCUUGCAGAAGCGGAAGCAAUAUCUCAGCCCUUCCAUAUUCUGCUUCUAUAAUCAACCCGUGAACAUAGUGGACGGGAAGAUGCAGUACUUAUUUGAUGAGAAGGGGCGCAGAUAUCUGGACGCAUUCGGAGGGAUUGCUACGGUGAACUGCGGCCACUGCCAUCCCGAUGUAGUGGACGUAAUAGUCAAGCAAAUUAACCGCUUGCAGCACUCCACGGUGCUUUACCUCAACCAUGCCAUUGCUGAUUUCGCGGAGGCGCUGGCCUCCAAGAUGCCUGGAGAUCUCAAGGUGGUGUUUUUCACUAAUUCAGGCACGGAGGCGAAUGAGUUGGCGAUGAUGAUGGCGAGGCUAUACACUGGGUGCAACGACAUAAUAUCACUGAGGAACGCGUACCAUGGGAACGCAGCUGGGACUAUGGGGGCUACGGCCCAACGUGUCUGGAAAUUCAACGUCGUCCAGACCGGAGUUCAUCAUGCCCUCAACCCGGACCCGUACAGAGGUAUGUUUGGCUCGGACGGGGAAAAGUAUGCAAGGGAUGUCCAAGAUCUCAUCGACUUUGGAACAUCUGGCCAUGUAGCUGGUUUCAUUUCUGAAGCCAUACAGGGAGUGGGUGGAAUUGUAGAGUUGGCCCCAGGUUACUUGCCUGCUGUGUACAGCAGCGUAAAGAAAGCAGGAGGCCUUUUUAUUGCUGAUGAGGUUCAGUCUGGGUUUGCUCGCACUGGGAGCCAUUUCUGGGGAUUCGAAUCUCAGGGCGUUGUUCCUGACAUAGUCACCAUGGCAAAGGGUAUCGGAAAUGGCAUUCCCCUUGGUGCUGUAGUAACUACUCCUGAGAUUGCAGAGGUCUUGACCCGUCGCAAUUACUUUAACACCUUUGGUGGAAACCCAGUCUGUACCACUGCAGGCCAUGCUGUUCUGAAAGUAAUCGAGAAAGAAAAGCUUCAGGAGAACGCAUAUGUUGUUGGGUCAUACUUGAAGGAGCGGCUCCUUUCCCUCAAGGACAAAUAUGAAAUUAUUGGAGAUGUGAGGGGAAGAGGGCUGAUGCUUGGAGUUGAAUUCGUCACUGAUCGCAAACUAAAAACUCCUGCAAAUGUCGAAAUUCUGCAUAUAAUGGACCAGAUGAAAGAAAUGGGAGUUUUGGUGGGGAAGGGCGGAUUUUAUGGAAAUGUUUUCAGAAUUACGCCUCCCCUCUGCUUCACUAAGGAAGAUGCAGAUUUCUUUGUGGAUGUCAUGGAUUAUGCAAUGUCGAAGAUGUGAGGCCUAAAUUUCACAGCAGAUAGGAUUUUGUUUGAUCAUUUAUAAAUUGAUCUAAUCUUCCUUUGUAUAUCUUCUCUUCUGUCAUGUACAUGAAGAUGAUUAAUAUACAGAUUUCCAUUUGCAUAAA